GGGUGUUGGGAUCCAUCAAAGCUUCAGAAGCUCCUAACAAAACCCCCAGUCCUAGGAGGGGGGAUUAGAACUCCACGUGUGGCACAGUGCUGUGCGGAGUUAGAUUCUGACUAUGCUCUACUGCCCACGUCAGCUGAACACGUAGAAGGGAAGCAGCUCCGUUGCUUCAAACGACCAUGGAGUGAGAGACCCACCUUGUACUCUGGCUUUCCCUGGGCACUGCCCUCGGGUGUUUCACACUGGCACAGCUCCCCUCUGCUAGAUGCUCUGACUUUGGAGACCUCCUGCCCAAAUAAUCCUCCUGGGUACAGCUGGGACUGGCCUUGCAGGCAGAGCUCUGGCAGCUGCACCUUCGAGAGGUGUGAUGUGGGACACGUGUCCAGCUCAGAUGUGACAUCAGGAGAAUGCUGGUGGAAAAUAUGCUCUGCUGAUGACUACACUGAUGCAGACCUUCCUGUUUCCAUUACAAUGAUGGACUCUUCACUUGCAGAGAUUGACUGUGGGGAGUCAACACCACGAGCCACUCUGAUCCCAUCCAGCGAUCACUUAACAUCAGCCCAAGAAGCUUUUGCAUCCUCAGAGGCAAGCACAGCACCAGUACCGGCCUGCCUUGUUAUGGAGGAAAGAUCAUCCAAAGCCUUACAUGAGAGAGGGGAAGAUUCUUCUGUGGCAAAGGAGAUGAAUGGUGAUAAGGGCCCAGCUGCUCCUGUGUCAGGACCAAGUCAGAUCAAGAAGGAAUCCUGCCUGGUGAUGGAAGAACACAAGCCUCAAAAUGUUUUGAAGCAAGACCCGGAGGUGGACCAGGAAAAGAAAAAUAAUAAAGAGAGGAGUGAGGAAGCACCAGCUGUGGUUCCAGGCAGGAAAGUGACUUCACCCACUGCAGGUGGUAUUAAAGGAGAUAAAACCAAGCAAAAUGAGCUUGACUCCCCAAAUGAGAAGGAAGUGGAGGCUGAAUUUCUGAGGCUGUCUUUAGGUUUUAAGUGUGACUUGUUUACCUUGGACAAGAGAGUGAAGCUCGAAGAGAGGUCCCGAGACCUGGCUGAAGAAAACUUGAAAAAGGAGAUCACAAAUGCUGUGAAGAUGUUAGAGGCAUUAGUUCCUUUGUGUGAAGAAGAUAACCAAGCACAGGAGAUCAUUAAGAAGCUGCAGAAAAGCCUGCAGUUCCUUAGCCAAUACGCAGCUCGAGUUGCCAGCAGAGCAGAGAUGUUGGGAGCCAUUAAUCAGGAGAGCCGGGUGAGCAAGGCUGUGGAGGUGAUGAUCCAGCACGUGGAGAACCUGAAGCGCAUGUACGCCAAAGAACAUGCGGAGCUUGAGGAGCUCAAGCAGGUCCUGCUCCAGAACGAGAGGUCCUUCAGCUCCCUUGGAGACAGAGAUGAAUCUACAAAUAAGAAGCUACCAAGUCCUUUUAACUUUAAGCCCUCGUCAGCCCUGCGGAGAGUUAGCAUUGCAACAGUGCCCAGGAGUGCUGGGAAUGCAGGGAUUGGGGUGCCACUGGCCCAGUUCCAUGAAUCCAAUGGGGAUGAACAAAGUGACAGGUUCAGCAGGAGAUCAAGCAGUUGGGGCAGGCUAGGGGUGAAGCAGAAUGAGAAGCGUCCUUCACUGCAGAGGUUCCUCAGCACCUAUUCCUGGGCAGAGUAUGAAGAGGAGCAUUUUGAAACCAAAAAUGAGAAGUUGGAGUCACCUGCUGAAGUACAGGGACAACUAACUAGGAAGGAAAGUGUCUCUGAAAAAGGAAAAUACCCACCCAAAUGGACCCUGGAGUCUAUGUACAGUUUGAUCUCAGCGUGGGCAUCCCACUUCAAGGCUUCCUUCAGCAACGCUAACAAAACCUUCUGGGUGUCCGUGUCCAUGCUGGUCCUGCUGGCUGCUCUCACGAGCUUCCUGAUGGGGCUGUCCCUGCAGAGGCCAGCAGAUGCAGCCCCUGUGGGCACUGGGGACUCCUGGACAUUGGUGCAGCAGCUGCUGUGGCCCUACACAGGACUGCAACACAAUGGCCCUCCCCCGGUAUAACCCCGGCUCCGCUGCCGGAGCUGCGCUGCCACGCUCUGCCGGACAGGAGCUGAGGCUGGCCUUGAUUUAAGAUUACGUGUCUGGAUUUGUUUUGCUGAGUUGUGGGUAUUUUUGGGGAGGAGAUUCAUUUUUUUUCUUUAAAGCAUGACUUGAAAUUUUAAAAAAAAAGUAUUUUUCUUCCCAUUCUGGCAAAAGUCAUCUUUAAAAGUAGCUAAAAGGGUCUCAGUUCUGUUGAGGUUUACAAUAGAACAGCAAUUUUUAAUAUUGUUAACAAUAAAUGCGUCUAGGUGGUGUAGCCACAAGAGAAUAAAGAAUUUAUUUUGCUUGAACAAAGAUAAAAUGUUUGCAUUUUAGAACCUGUUUCAAUGAUUUGAACAGAAAAGGAUUUAAGACUUGAAAUGUAACUUUUUUGAAAGCUUUUGAUAAUAAAGUUUUGAAGGA